AUUCUGACACACAUGAAAAAAAAAUAGAUGCUUAGAAUUAACUUUACAUUCUUCUCCUUUGCCAUCACCACAAUUUAAGAAAGUGUGUCAAAAAACAAAUCUUUUAAGAUUAAGGUUUUUGUUGUAGACAAAGAUUGUCUCAUAAAAAUGUCUUCUUUCUUGUCUUUCUUGUCUCUUAUUGUCUUGUUUGUGUUUCUUUUGUUUACAAGCAAUGUACAUGGUGAUGAUCAAGAUAUGGUUAUGGAAGAGAAAGAGUUGCUAGGAUUGUUUGAAGUUAUGGAAGCACUUUUGGAUGAACCUGAUUUUUCACAAACACAUCCUUUACCAUGUAGUGAUACACCAUGGCCAGGGAUUGAGUGUGAAGUUAGCAUUGAUGAUGAUGAUGAUAGUAACAAUGAAACACAAAUCUUUCAUGUCACAAAGAUUCAUGUUGGUCCUGAUAUUCUCUCACCACCUUGUAAGCCUUCUGCUUAUUUAUCAGAAUCACUUUUGAAACUCACUUUUUUGAAAACACUUUCACUUUUCAACUGUUUUGUUACUUCAAAUGUCAUAUUACCUAAGGCUUUGUUUGGUUCUUUUUCUUCAUUAGAACACAUUGCUUUACAAUCUAACACAAAACUCUAUGGAGAAAUACCUUCAAGUUUGGGUUUUGUUCCUAAUCUUAGAGUCUUGAGCUUGUCACAAAACAGCUUAAAUGGAAGCAUUCCAAAGGAGAUUGGAGAUUUGGCUUUUCUUGAGCAACUUGAUUUGAGUUAUAAUAAUCUCAUUGGUCAAAUUCCCAAUGACAUUAAAGGGUUGAAAAGUUUAUCCAUUUUGGAUCUUAGUUGGAAUAAGCUUGAAGGGAAUUUACCUCACACUAUUGGAGAACUUCAACUUCUACAAAAAGUUGAUUUAAGCUCAAACAAGCUUAAUGGAAAAUUACCUUCUAAUUUAGGCAAUCUCACAAGGUUAGUCUUACUUGAUUUAAGUCAUAAUUUUCUCAAUGGCCCAUUUCCUCAAAACUUGCAAAGUUUGAAACUUUUGGAGUAUCUAAUCAUUGAUAACAAUCCCAUCAAAUCAAUGAUACCUCACUUCAUAGAAAAUCUUUGGAAUCUCAAAUCAAUAAGCUUUUCACAUUGUGGACUAUUUGGUUCCAUACCAAAUAUUUUCACUUUCUUGACCAAUCUUUCAUCUCUCUCCUUAGACAACAACACUCUCAUAGGAAAUGUUCCACAAAAUCUAGCUUUGCUACCAAACUUAGAUCAACUAAAUAUAAGCUACAACAAGUUGAAUGGUGUUCUUCAUUUUUCAAAUGAGUUUGUUACAAAGCUUGGUAAAAGGUUAGAUGUGAGAGGAAACAAUGAGCUUUGUGUUGAAGAUGAUAGAGGAACAAACAAGAAUCUCUCUUCAUAUUUGGAGAUUUCAUCUUGUGUUGGUUUGAGAGAUGUUAGUGACAAAUCUUUUGCAGGAAUAAAGCCAUCAUGGAUCCAAAGUAACAUGAGUUCAAGUUCAGCUUAUUUGGAUCUAAAAGUUGUGUUUUUUACAUUGGUUUUAUGUUUUGUAUUUAGUUUACUUAAUAUGUGUUUGUGAAAUAAUUGGAUUGUAGUGUUUUUAUUGAAUGAAAUGGUUUACUCAUAAUGUUAUCUAUAUUUGGAUAGUGAAACUUUAUCUCGUUAAAGUGUUUUCAUAGGUAAUGUUAUUGCUGG